CUGAGAAAGAAAGGUGAAAACGGGAGACUAAGUGAGUUUCUGUGAAUCUUUAUUUUCUUGAUUUAUUAGUGUAAUUUUUGAUAAACAUUAAGUGAAUUGCCGUGUAAAUAGUGUCUUUUUGAAAGUACUGAUAAAUAAUGGUUUCUGAUGAUGAAAUUGACGACUCCUUCGCCGGUGACGAAGAAGCCGCUGAGGAAGGUACCCAAGAUCAAGUAGACAAUUCUCCGGAGUCCGAUGACGGACUGCCGAAAGGGGAAGAAGAUGAUGACUAUGAACCAGAAGACAAUCGUAAAAAGAAAAAAGGAAAAAAACGAAAAGCUCGUAGUGAAGAGAAGAAAGGGAAAAAGAAAAAGAAAAAGAAGAAAAAUGAUAGUGAAGAAGAUAGCGAUUUUGGACAGGAUGAAGAAAAUGGAAAUGAUUCUGACUAUGGCAGUAGCAGAAAAAGUCGUAAAUCAAGGGGAUCAUUAAAGCAUUCUGCUCCCCAAGAAGUUGCAUCAUCUAGUAGUGGAGGAGGAAGCAGUUCUGGUGCUAAUGCAAGUGGAAACAAAGGUCAUGAAGCUGGCAUGCCUACAAUUGAAGAAGUUUGUUCAACUUUUGGUUUACAAGAUGUAGAACUUGAAUAUAGUGAAUCUGAUUUCCAAAAUUUAACCACAUACAAACUAUUUCAACAGCAUGUUCGUCCAUUGCUUGCUAAAGAAAACCCAAAGGUUCCAAUGUCAAAGCUCAUGAUGUUAGUGGCAGCCAAGUGGCGUGAAUUUUCUCUUCUAAAUCCGAAUUUACAACAAGUUGAAACCAAUUCUGAUAGACCUUCUACUCCUUCAAAUGAAUUAGAAUAUUCAGCUAAAUCUAAUCGAAAUAGAGCGACAAAAGACACCUCAAAGGCUGAAUCAGAAGCGUUCGAUGACGAUGAUGACGAAGAGGAUGAGGACGAUUCACGUAACAAAAAGAAACGCAGUUCAAGCAGGAAGAAGGCCUCAAAGAAAGCUACCAAAGUACCCACAUUGAAAAUACGAUUGGGUAAAAGAAAACGUGGAAGUUCUGAAGAAGAACCUGAGGGUAGUGCGAACAAUAGCGACCGAGAUUCGGAUGUCGAGUUCGAACAGAUGCUUCAGGAAGCUGAAGAACCAAGAUCAAGUAAGGCUGACGAGGAAUCCCAACAAAUAGACGAUGUAGAAGAAACUCCACAACCCAGGCGUAAAGCUAAGACUAAAAUUGGAAACAAGACUAAAAAGAAACGUAAAGUUAAGCCAGGAAAACCAGAAGGUGAAGAACAAUAUGAGCAUCAAGAUUAUUGUGAGGUGUGCCAACAAGGAGGCGAAAUUAUCCUUUGCGAUACAUGUCCCAGAGCUUAUCAUUUGGUUUGUCUUGAUCCCGAAUUGGAAGACACUCCUGAAGGACGUUGGAGUUGUCCUCAUUGCGAAAAUGAAGGACCCGCAGAACAAGAUGACGAUGAACACCAGGAGUUCUGUCGCGUAUGUAAAGAUGGCGGGGAACUACUCUGCUGUGACUCAUGUCCCUCAGCCUAUCAUACGCAUUGUCUUAAUCCUCCUCUAACCGACAUACCAGAUGGAGACUGGAAAUGUCCUCGAUGUAGUUGUGCUGCAUUACCUGGCAAAAUAGGCAAGAUUCUCACAUGGAGAUGGGUCGAAGAAGAACCAAAACAAACUCAAGAAAUGCUUUUGAACGCGAAUAAGAAGAAGCUUAAAAAGCACCGCGAAUUUUACGUGAAAUGGUUCGAUCGCUCAUACUGGCAUUGUUCAUGGGUAACAGAGCUACAAUUCGAUGUUUAUCAGCCGUUGAUGUUGCGCAGUUACAUGCGCAAGUACGAUAUGGAAGAGCCCCCUAAAUUAGAAGAGGCAAUUGACGAAGAGUGCCAAGCUCGAUUUAAGAUUUCAGAAACAGAAGCAAACCAGAAAGAAUUAGAAGACAAGUAUUAUAGAUAUGGAGUCAAACCAGAAUGGCUGGUGAUCCAUCGUGUUAUUAAUCACCGAAAUAUGCGUGAUGGCAGGGUAUUGUAUCUUGUCAAAUGGCGAGAGCUACCCUACGAUCAAGCUACGUGGGAGGAUGAAAACGACGACAUAGUAGGCCUCAAAACGGCCAUUGAAUAUUACAUGGAUUUGCGAGCUGCUUGCACCAAUGAUUCAAACAAAAAAGGGAAGAAAGGCAAAGGAAAAAAAUCAAAGACGAGGGAACUACAGGAUGAAGAGGAUAGUGGAAGUAAAUCUGCACCAAGAUAUACUCCACCUCCGGAAAAACCCCUUACCGACCUGAAAAAGAAAUACGACAAACAACCUGACUUUUUGGUCGAAACAGGCAUGCAAUUACACCCUUAUCAAUUGGAGGGACUCAAUUGGUUGCGAUAUUCGUGGGGUCAAGGUAUCGAUACCAUUUUGGCCGAUGAAAUGGGUCUUGGCAAAACUAUCCAGACUAUAACCUUCUUAUAUUCUCUCUAUAAGGAAGGCCAUUGUAAAGGGCCUUUUUUGAUUAGUGUACCUUUAUCCACCAUUAUUAAUUGGGAGAGAGAAUUUGAAGUGUGGGCUCCUGAUUUCUAUGUCAUCACUUAUGUCGGUGACAAAGAUUCCAGAGCUGUAAUUCGAGAAAAUGAACUUAGUUUUGAGGAGGGUGCUACAAGAGGUGGACGGGCUUGUAAAUUAAGGACUAAUCAAAUAAAAUUUAAUGUGUUGUUGACUAGUUAUGAAUUGAUCUCAAUCGACGCUGCUUGUCUAGGGUCUAUAGAUUGGGCAGUUCUUGUUGUUGAUGAAGCCCACAGGCUAAAAAGCAAUCAGUCAAAGUUCUUCAAACAACUGGCUGGCUACAGCAUUAAUUACAAACUUCUUCUGACUGGUACUCCAUUACAAAACAACUUAGAGGAAUUAUUUCAUUUGCUUAAUUUCCUAAACGGCCAGAAAUUCAAUGACUUGGCUUCAUUCCAAAACGAAUUCGCUGAUAUAUCUAAAGAAGAUCAAGUUAAAAAACUUCAUGAAAUGUUGGGACCUCAUAUGUUGCGUCGAUUGAAGGCUGACGUGUUAAAGAAUAUGCCGUCCAAAUCGGAGUUCAUUGUCCGUGUAGAAUUGUCGCCUAUGCAAAAGAAGUUCUACAAGUAUAUUUUGACUCGUAACUUCGAAGCUUUAAAUCCAAAAGGAGGUGGCCAGUCCGUGUCUCUUCUUAACAUAAUGAUGGAUCUUAAAAAAUGCUGUAAUCAUCCGUACUUGUUCCCGGCUGCAGCUGAAGAAGCUCCUCUAGGUCCAAACGGUUCCUAUGAAGUUACCAGUUUAAUUAAAGCAGCAGGCAAACUAGUACUCUUGGCAAAAAUGCUUAGAAAAUUAAGGGAACAAGGCCACAGAGUUCUUAUUUUCUCGCAAAUGACAAAAAUGCUAGACAUCCUCGAGGAUUUCCUAGAAGGAGAAGGAUAUAAAUAUGAAAGAAUAGAUGGUUCUAUAACGGGUACAACGCGUCAGGAAGCUAUUGAUCGUUUUAAUGCACCUGGUGCUCCACAGUUUGUAUUUUUGCUCUCAACAAGAGCUGGAGGUUUAGGGAUUAAUCUGGCGACCGCUGACACUGUCAUCAUUUAUGACUCUGACUGGAACCCACACAAUGAUAUUCAAGCUUUCUCUCGAGCUCACAGAAUUGGGCAGGCCAAUAAAGUCAUGAUAUACCGAUUUGUGACAAGAAACAGUGUUGAAGAACGUGUUACUCAGGUAGCCAAACGUAAAAUGAUGCUGACUCAUUUGGUAGUGCGUCCUGGAAUGGGAGGCAAGGGGGCAAAUUUCACUAAACAAGAACUUGAUGACAUCCUUCGUUUCGGUACCGAAGAACUGUUCAAAGAAGACGAAGGUAAAGAAGACGAAGCCAUUCACUAUGACGACAAGGCUGUUGACGAGCUUCUAGACCGGUCUAAAGAGGGCAUUGAACAGAAAGAGAAUUGGGCCAAUGAAUACCUAAGCUCCUUCAAAGUGGCAAGCUAUGUAACCAAAGAGGGCGAGAAUGAGGAAGAAGUAGACACGGAGAUCAUUAAACAAGAAGCCGAGAACACCGAUCCAGCUUAUUGGAUUAAAUUGUUACGACAUCAUUAUGAGCAACAGCAGGAGGACAUUGCCAGAACACUUGGUAAAGGUAAACGUGUCAGAAAGCAGGUGAACUACAACGACGGCGGUAUGACGACUGAUACCAGAGAAGAUACCACUUGGCAAGAGAAUUUGUCAGAUUACAAUUCAGACUUCUCAGCUGGCUCAGACGAAGACAAAGAAGACGACGAUUUCGAUGAAAAGAACGAAAACGACAUGAGUAGGAGAAGCAAACGCAGGAUGGAGAGGAAGGACGAAAGGGACAGACCCUUGCCACCCCUUCUUGCACGUGUCGGCGGCAACAUCGAAGUUCUAGGUUUCAAUGCUAGACAACGAAAAGCGUUCCUAAACGCUAUCAUGCGAUAUGGUAUGCCACCCCAAGACGCCUUUAACUCCCAAUGGCUAGUUCGCGAUCUUCGUGGAAAAUCAGAGAAAAUAUUUAAAGCCUAUGUUUCCUUAUUUAUGCGUCAUUUGUGCGAACCUGGUGCCGACAAUGCAGAGACGUUUGCAGACGGGGUACCCCGUGAGGGUCUUAGUCGUCAACACGUACUAACCCGUAUAGGUGUAAUGUCUCUUAUAAGAAAAAAAGUGCAGGAAUUCGAGCACAUCAAUGGCGAAUACAGCAUGCCGGAACUAAUUAAGAAAAAUGCAGCAAGCGCUGUUGCAGCUGCAAAUGCGACAGACAAAAAGGAAGCGGCCUCGGCCGAUGGCGAUACACCGAAAAGUGCUACCACGAGUACCAGUGCAACACCUGCAACCAGUGCUGCUGCAAGUCCUGCACCCACCCCCAGCGAAGCAAGUGAAACCAAGGAUAAAGAGAAUGAUGAAAAAGAAGCUCUAGGUGAAGUUAAACCGACUGCAGAGGAGUCUCCAACUGUUUCUGAGGCCGCUUUAUCCACUACUCCACCUGCAAAUGAGACGGAAGUUAAAGCAGAAGAACAAGAGUUUAAACAGGAAGAUUCGCCGAAAGAAGAGAUAGAGGAAAAGAAGGAAGCCUCAGAGGAAGUAAAGGUUGAAGGUGCUGACGUAAAACCUGAGGAAAAAAUUGAACCUAAAGAAGAAAUUGAAAAAGAAACUGAAGACGAAAAGAAAGACGAAAAACCCAAAGAUUUGAAGAAGGGAGAAGAUGAUGACGUGGUAGUUGUUAACGAAAAGAAGGAAAAAACAGAAAAGGAGAUUGAAGAACCUUCAAAGAGACGUUUCAUGUUCAACAUUGCUGAUGGAGGUUUCACUGAACUCCAUACGCUCUGGCUUAAUGAAGAAAAGGCUGCAACUCCUGGUCGUGAGUACGAAAUUUGGCACCGUCGUCACGAUUACUGGCUCUUAGCUGGCAUCGUAACCCAUGGUUAUGGACGCUGGCAAGACAUUCAAUCGGACGCCAGGUUCGCUAUAAUUAACGAGCCCUUCAAAAUGGACGUAGGAAAAGGGAAUUUCCUCGAAAUUAAAAAUAAAUUCUUAGCAAGACGAUUUAAGUUGUUGGAGCAAGCUCUGGUUAUCGAAGAACAGUUGAGAAGGGCAGCAUACUUAAACCUUACGCAAGAUCCUAAUCAUCCUGCCAUGUCUCUAAAUGCUCGAUUCGCUGAAGUCGAGUGCCUAGCAGAGUCCCAUCAGCAUCUUAGUAAAGAAUCAUUGGCCGGUAAUAAACCUGCCAAUGCUGUACUUCACAAGGUAUUAAAUCAGUUGGAAGAGUUGCUCUCUGACAUGAAGUCUGAUGUGUCCCGUUUGCCUGCUACUCUGGCACGAAUUCCUCCGGUUGCCCAACGACUCCAGAUGUCUGAAAGAAGCAUCUUAUCACGCCUGGCUGCAACAUCUUCAACUAACAGCCAAUCAACGACACAAAUGAUGAGUCAAUUUCCACCCGGUUUCAACGCGGGUAGUCUGCAAGGUUUUGCUGCUGCAACAGCAGCGAACUUCACCACUUUCAGGCCCCAGUAUUCGGUACCUGGACAGCCACCAUCCGGAUUUCCAUCAUAAACAAUAUAAAAAUUACAUUUCCUUUUCAUGUUAGACUUAAACGUGAUAGCACAAACAUUUAAAUUAAUCAUUCUGUUUUUUUUUUGUUCAUCUUAUGAAACAAUAUAUUAUACUUGGCUGAAAAGAGAUCUCUUUCUUUGACUUAACAGCAUAUUUCGUUUACGUUUAAUAUUGCUUUUCAUUUGUAGUUAACUAAAUUAUUGUCGUCACGUUGUUCUCUUUAAUUUUUUUUUUUGUUAUUUAAAAUUUAAUUUUAAUUACGUACAAAUUAUUUAUAAUAAAUAAAUAAAGUGGUUGGUUUUAGGUAUUAUUUUUGACGUGUAAUGGUCGGUAAUGUGUUUUUUUAGUUCUCUACUCUCGAUUUAUAUUUAAAAAGUAUCCAUAGGGUUAAAUAAUGUAAGAAAGUGGUUGUUACAAAAAAAAGGUAUGCUCGCUCUAUCCACUUUGGUUGUAGAUUUUUUUAUUAAAUAUGGUUUGUUCAGAAAACAUUCCCAAUAAAAGAAUUACCACGCCAA